AUGCAUUAAAUAACAACACUUGAAACUGACACUCCCAAAAAAUUGGUAAAAAAUGUAUUAUAUUUUAGUAGAAUAAAUUUUCUAUGAGAUCAUUGGCAUUACCUAGAAUAACAUUAGUUGGUUUUGAAAAAUCACCUUAUCAUAGUGGGAUACACGAACAUUCUAGUAAUGUCCCUAAACGUUAUAACAGAUAGUAUUAUAAGAUCCAAUAAUCUGCCAAAGAACGAGAUUUGAUUAGCGAUGUUAACUGAAUUGGUUAUUGUUUAGAAAGAUGUAUAUGCCACGCUAUCAAAUAAUCAAGAAGAACCUUACCUAGACCGUAAGCCUAAAGACCUUGUUGGAGAUGACGCCUAUAAAUCUUAUUAUCACACUUUCAAAAAUAUAAAACGAAUUCUAGAAUAGAAUCAAUUUGAGAAUAUUACAAGUACAUUUCUUUAUAUAAUAUAUAUAGAUUCUGUGUAGACUAAUCUAAUCCAAAGAGCAGAAAAGCUUAAAAUAUUACCAUGCAAAAUGGGUUUAAUCAAACUUAAAGGAGAUAAGAAUUCGAUUGCCAUUUAAAACUAAAAAUUUGGUGAUAAAUAUGUAGAAGUAUUAUCAGAAGGACUAAGAACAUUACCUACUAUUCAAGAUUUCAAUUUCAAUCGCAAUAGAAUCAAAGAACAUGGAGCAUCGUAGUUGUUUCCAUUAAUCAGCAAACAAGCUAGAAUAAUUGAGUUUCAAACUAAUACCAUCGGAUAGAAAGGUCUUGACCCAAUUCUAUAAUGUUUACCAUUGUAGACAUGCAAGUAAAUUUGAAUUGCAAUCUCAAGGAUCUAGAUUCUCAAUUUAGAAGAUAAUUAAUUAGGAGACACAUUAAUAUCAGACUUGUGUAAGGCCAUGAGUAAGAAUCCAUCUGUAGAGAUGCUCAAUAUAUCAAAGAAUAAUAUUACAAAUGCAUCAUAUAUAUCGAUUAAGCAAAUGAUUGAAUAAAAUGACACACUUCUUGAAUUAUAUCUAAGAUGGAAUUCUAUUAAAGGAUCUGGGGGUCUUGAAAUAUUCAAAGUUCUUUAAACUAAUAAAAAUAUUAAAGUUUUAGAUUUCUCUUAUAAUUUACUUGGAGCUGGCAAUGUUAUUAUAACAGCCCUUAAAGAUUUUAUAAUUGAAAAUAAAACAGUACAACAUUUAGAUUUAUCAGCUAAUGGAUUCACAUAUUAAGAUUGUCUUUAAAUUUCAGAAGCCUUAAAAUCCAAUCAUUCUAUAUAUGGUUUCCAUUUUAGGGGUAAUUUUGGUUAUGUGGAUUCAAAAGGAUUUCUAAUUAUUGAAAACAAUAUGAAAAAUUAUAAUUCUAUUCAUAUAGAUUAAAGAAUUAAAGGAGUAUCUCCAAAUCCAAAACCAUAUGAACAUUCUACACAUUUUGAGAAAUUAAAAGAUAUUUGUUGGAUUUGUGAUGAAUGGUAAAUGAGUACUUUUGAAUGGAUUCCCAGUAUUUUUAAUAAUAUAUUAUAUAGAUGAAAGUGGUGCUUGUUCUGAAGAACCAAUAUUUAUUCAUUUUGAUUAUGAAGGUUUUGAACCUAUAUUUUUAGGGAAACCUGAUUCAAAUGGUAAUUUUAAGACUCAUCGAAUGAUUCCAACAGGAGAUAUUGAAUAUUUUUAUACUGCUAAUUCAAUAUAAAUAGCAAGUCAAACAGCUCCAAUCAAAUAACAUAUAGAAAAAUUUAGAACUAAAGUUACAAUAGCAGAUUAAGUAAUUAAUGUGUUGAUAGAUGAAACUAAUUUAGAAAAGUUUACUAAAUCAAAACCUGUAAUAGAAGAUUGGUAUCCUACAUAUGAUGUUUUACCAAGAACUUAAGAUCCAAUUUAUAUUCCAGCAAAAAGAAAGAAAUAAAAAAGAAUUUGGAGUUUUCCUAUUUCUAUUUGGGCUCCUAAAUAUAAAUUUGAUACUGAAGAAUUAUUAAGAAAAUGUUUUGAAAGAGAUUGGGCUUGUUGUAAAAUAACAAAGUUUGUAAAAAAAUAAGAAGAAUAAGAUUAAGUUAAAGAAAUGUUAUGGUAAGCCUAUAAACCAAUGAGAGAAACAUAUAGAUUUUAUGCUAGUGUAAAUCCUACAGGAGAUGUAUUUUCAAUGUCAGUAAAUCCAACAUCAGAUUUUGUUAAUUAAUGUUAAUUAAUAGAUGGAAAAUAAUUAAAAUUGGCUGAUGUAGAUUUGAAAUUUAUAGCAACUUGUAGUGCUUCAUCUAUAGAUUGGAAAGGAAAUUACAGAAAUCCUGAAAGAUCUUUAGUAAGAUAUUAAAUGAUGGAAUUCUUAGUUAGAUUAUCAGAUGAUAAAUAUGUUAGAUUCAAUCCUUAAAUUAAUAUUGUUUAAGCAACAAAAAUGAUUUUAGAUUAAUGUAUGCCUCAUUUAUCAUAAUUUGAUUGUCAUAAAUGGAGAGCUGAACGUUAUUUUGUAGAAUAAUGUGAUGAUGUAUGUAAAAAAUAUAAAUGGGUUAUUGAUUAUGUUUAUAUGAGAAAUUCAUAAAAGAAAGUAAAACCAGGUUAACCACCUUUUAUGUGUUUAGAUGAAUUGAAAGAUAUAUGUAAUAAAGCAAAUUUGUAUGAUGAAAAUUUUGUGGAAAGAGAUGUAAAUUUAGCAUUUAAUUUAUCAAUGUUGACAUAAGUUGAUGAAUUAGAAAGUGAUAGAUUAUUUUAAAUGUAAUGGAUAGAAUUUUUGGAAGCUAUAGCUAGAAUAGCUGAAAAAUAUUCUCCAAUUGCAAUAGGAAAGAAAGAAGAAGUAUAAAUUAGAUUAUAUAAUAUAUAGAAAGAAUGGACUUAUGAAUAAAGAUUUUAAUAGCCUUUAUAUUAUAAACUUGAGGCUUUUAUGGUUUAUUUAAUUAAUACUUUAGUUGAUGAUGAGACAAAAAAGAAUUGGAAGUAGCCAACUAUUUCUAUGUUUGAUGAAGUUGAAGAAGAUGAAUAUUAUUGA